AUGUUCAAUGCUGAGAAGGUUUCAAUUAAGACCUGCAAUGUGGACACAGCCGUCAUAGCCUUCCUAAAAGGCCUUCUGGUAGAAUCUGACCUUUAUAAAGAGCUAACUAAAUAUCCUUGCAGGAAAAUGGAGGAUGUUCUUGCCAAAGCAUGGGCUCAAAUCAAAUGGGAGGAAGACGAGUCUAACAGACAAUCGAUCUCUAACUACUCAAAUUCUUGUGAGAGUCGGGGUCCGAAACAAGUAGAGCGCAAGUCAUCUUAUCAUGUUGAACCUUAUCCAACCAACAAAUCCAGACCAUUUCAAGGUGGUGGAAGAGCUCCACCCCAACGAUCUCGUGAUUAUCAAGAGAGAGGACAAUCAUCCCAAAGGUUUAGAAGUUACCAAGACAAAGCACCAAUUCCGAAGUAUACUCUGACUAUAGACCAUGUUGAAGUGGUUGCUGUGAUGAAAGGCAUGGGAAAUAAAGCCAAGUGGCCUGGAACGAUUCAAAAGCCAGAAGCUCUGAAGGAUAUGACCAAAUGGUGUGAAUUUCAUAGCGAUCACGGACACACCACAUCUGAAUGUAUAGCACUCAAAUUUGAAGUUGCAGGACUCCUUCGCCAAGGACAACUACGUGAUUUUCUUUCUGAUAAAGGCAAAGCAACCAUAGCAGAAGGAGACAAAAGACAAGAAAAUCCACCUGAACCCCCUCAAAAUGCAAGGAUUGUAAAUGUGAUUUCAGGAGGAUCAUAA